UCUAAUGAGUAUAAAUAGAAGUGUACUCAGAGGAGGCAGAGAAUGGCAAAGCCAUGAUGAAUUGUUAGGGCAUGUUGAGUUGGUUCUCUCAAUGCCUGCAGUCAGAUGAUUUCACUGGCUGUACAGAUGAAAUCUCAUAUUUCAAUGUUUAAGUAAAAGUGUCAAAGUUCAGCUGGAGCAGGGACGAAUACAGAGCAAAUUUUGUGUGUGUUUGUAACUAGGGCACCAGAACAACAGAGGAAGCCAAAAUGAGCCAGAAAAGCAAAAGGAGUUUAAAGGAGAAAUUUGCCUUGAAGAACAGCUUGGUUAAAGAAGCUCUCUCAGAGUUCCUGGGAACUUUUAUAUUGAUAGCACUGGGGUGUGGGUGUGUGGGCCAGGCUGUCCUGAGCCGAGGAGCCCAUGGCGGGCCCCUGACAGUGAGCAUUGGAUUUGCAAUGGCAGUGACCGUGGCAGUGUAUGUGACUGGGGGUGUCUCUGGUGGUCACAUAAACCCAGCUGUUUCAUUAGCCAUGUGCGUGACUGGAAGAUUAAAAUGGACCAAAUUACCAAUUUACAUAUUAGCACAACUCCUGGGAGCAUUUGUUGGAGCAGCGGCUGUCUUUGGGAUUUAUUAUGAUGCCUUUAUGGAUUACAGCGAUGGGAAACUUGAAGUCACAGGACCUAAUGCAACAGCACAUAUCUUUGCAACAUACCCAGCCCCAUAUCUGUCCCUCAUGAAUGGAUUUGCAGAUCAGGUGAUGUCAACAGCUGUUCUUCUUCUGGCUAUAUUUGCUAUUUUUGACACUAGAAAUAACAGCGUCCCAAAGGGCCUGGAGCCAAUUGCAGUAGGACUUCUUAUAAUUGUUCUGACUUGCUCCUUGGGGAUGAACAGUGGCUGUGCCAUGAACCCGGCCAGGGAUCUGGGCCCAAGGCUCUUCACAGCCGUGGCAGGGUGGGGGAUGGAAGUGUUCACGGCUGGUAAUAAUUGGUGGUGGGUCCCUAUAGUUGCACCUCUGCUGGGAGCUGUAGUUGGAGCAAUGACCUACAUUAUUUUUAUUGAAAUGCAUCACUCAGAUCCUCAGUCAGGAGGAGAAAACGAAGUGCGUGACAAAUAUGAACUGACUAAUAUGGAGUAAGAACUGAAGAAUUUUCUCUGUCAUUUUGUUGUGCAGUUUUUGUGCAAAUGGUUGGACCAUUUUAUUGUGUGCCUCAAUUAGAAAUUCACCUUUCAAAGCACAAAUUCUACAUAGAACUCAAAACUGAACUCUUUCCAUGUAACAUUGGGUUGAUCACAUUCAAAACUGGGAACUUGGGUAUGAGAAGGGUAAAUUGUUGUUCUUCUCAUAUGGCUUUCAGAUCAAAUUAUCCCCUAGAUGCAAUUGUAGUGAAAUGAUGCACUGACCUGUUAAUUCAACACAUAUGAUCCUAAUCAUGUUACCUAAUUAACUGAAAAUAGAUGAGAUAUUGAUACAAAACUGCAUGCAUUGCUAGUUAAUUGAUUCAGUGCUGAAUUAAUGUGCAAGGGCAUUGCUCACUUCUUAAGAACGGCUUGCCUGAACAUUAAAAACAAUACCCAAAUUGCUAAAUGUCAAUUGAAACAGUUUUGGAUAACUUAGUAAAUUUUUGUGGACCCAUUAUUGAACAGCAAGGAAUCAACUCAGCAGUGAUGAGGUUUAGUAACUCAGAAUACGAUCACAAAAUCUGUGUGUUACAAGAUGAACACCAAAGAGACAAAGAUGUAACUUCUUCAUAGCAGUAAUGUUCAGUUAUUUUUAGACUAUUUACUUGACCUUUAUGCUACCCAAUAUUAAAAGCCUAGCAUAGAAUAUUAAUCUGAACCUCUUCCGCUGUGCUUUCUGGAUAAAAUUCAUUCCUGUGGAGAUGGCCCAGCAACAGAGGCUCACUCUGUGCAGAGGUCAGCACAAGGCCCACGUCUGUAUAAGCUUUAAAGAGUCCUGCUGAUGAUAAUUUACAUGAGGGGAUUUCGUCUGCAUUGUGGGAGUAAUUUUUAAUUUGGUGGAAGUAAUUAACAAUAGAAGCUGGUCCCAGACCCAGUCCUAGAUCUGAAUUCCCCAAAGAGGGCCAGAUCCACACUAGAGUUCUGAAGUGUAGGUUCUCUCUCGCUGAGUAGAAGUGGUUGGACAUACACCACUUCCUAAAUAUCCAGCCUUGAAAAUGAAAUUAUUUCUGCUUAAUCCUUGUGAAUUGAAUGUAUUCAAUUAAAUCAAAGUUCAUUUCUAAUAUGUAUACAUCUAUACCUGGUUGGUGGUGGUGAUCAUGAAUAAACAGACAUCCUAUUCAGCAAUGCUCCUGAGCUAUUUUCAUGGCAAAACUUCAGGGUACUAGCUCAAUGCACUAAUUUCCAGAGUGCUCUUCCCUUUGGAUUUCUACAACCUUGCUCCCUAAAAUUCCACGCUGCAUUCCUGAUUUCACUUCUGAAGUGAGGAACCCUUUGUGUUGCCACCAAUAGCCUGUGCCCUUUGGUGAGGUAUCCACUGAAGAGGUCUAGAAAUACUGUGGUCAGAAUGAGCAUCAGCAUUUGGGCAGAUGAGGCCUGUGUCACUGCAUGUCUUUGCCCUGGGACACCACGCCAAGCUCACGGCAGCAAAGGGACACAAACGGCAGCUCAGAGUCAGAUAUUGCAGUACACUUGAGGGAGUAUAAUUCUAAUUUUAAUGAUGUUUUUAAGAAAAUGUACAUAACAGUGAUGAACUUACGUUGCUCAGAGACAUAUCAAGCCAGUGCAAAGUGUUCCUUCCAUUCCGAGCUCCCCUGCCGUGGGUUGACUCCGCUGGAGCUGGACCCAUCCACCUUUGGUUGUAUCAUUGUAUCUACGGCUGAGGAGUCUCAGUAACAAGACAGGGUUCCCAGAAACAGUCCUCAACCUGAGCAGAGAAGAAUCAAGAGUACAAUGUGAAAAUUAGACCUAACUGUAGACCUUUUCUUGGCAGCACAGACAAAUUCUAUCAUCUGUCCUGUAUUUUGAUAAAUUGCACUACAUAGAACAAGAUGGGGUGUAAAAGCAAUCGCAGAUCGAUCCCUCUUUUGCCCUCCCACCUGCAGUGAGAGCUGUCUCUCACCCCUUGGUGAUACCUGGGACAGGACACUCCAAGGUGGUUGCCAACCAUCUAAGUCUGGAAAGCUCUUCUGGAGGUAGAAACAGUCUGAAGGCUGCUCCCAGGUCAGAAAGGUGCUUACUCUCCCUCUGAUGCCAACAUCUAGCAUGAAAUAGCUGUACAGAAAAUAAAAAUAGGCAGCUAAUUAACCAGAAGUAACCAAUUUUUUUCCAGAAUGGUAGGGAGAGUUAAUGACUUCUUGUGUUAGGAUUUUGCACAGUCGGUGGGCUCCAUAUCCCUCAUGAUAUUUCUUCCUUUAGUACAUCAUGGAAAACAUGGGUAAAAGCAGAAUACAGGUCAGGAAUGUGGAAAGGAUGGUUUAUUUAUACAACCUACUGAGUGACUAGCCCACACUUGCUGUGUGCCUAUGCAUUAGCCAAGAUACAUAAAGUACUAAAUUUUCUCAAAAUUCUUUUGAUCACAACAGGUUCUGCCCGUAAAUUUACAGGAAAUCUUGUUUCUCCUGCUUAUGCCAUUCCUAUGCAGAGAAUUUCUGCCUAAGUGAUACUUACUUGUCUGAAGUUAUUAGUGUGCAACUCAUAAGCAGUGACACACUCAUGUGAUAGCAUAACAACAUCUUCAAUGUGCUCUUAACAAGGUUUUGUCAAAUCUAUGUUUGCUUAAAGAAUUUAUUUUUAAACUUCAAUUAAUACUUCAAUAUUUUUGAAAAUUCUUUGAGAACACCUCAUACUAAUUCCACAAUUCAUACUGGCUUCACAGAAGCCAGAAUUUCAUUUAGGAACAGGGCAUUGUAGACCUGUCUCAGAUGCGACAUAAUUUAAAUUUCUAAGUAUAAGAAUGAAUUCCUGCUUUUGGAACAACCCCCCCUUCCUUAGUCUUAACUACAGAACCAUGUCCAGUAUUACCAUAAUGUAAUGGGAACAAUAAUAAUCACCUCAUUCCAUAAACUAACUUAGAAAUUAUCUGUUUUAUAAAAAAAAA